AUAUUAUACUAGAAAUUCACGACUWCACGASGUAAUUCAAAACGCGAAGACAAACAAAAUCAAAUAUUGCCACCUGUCAAUUAAUAAGUUAGGCGUUGGAGUGUUUUUCAUUAUACUUUGUUGAUUAUAAAUAAUUGUAAUCAAUUAUUUUUSAACAACUCUCGAGUAGCCAGAGGCGCCAGACUCGAGUAAUCAUAAACAUUGGUACUUCGGUGGGCCAAACUACACUGAAAACCAUAAUUUGUUUCUGAUCAUUUUUAUUCAAAAUUAUUAUAUUUAAUACCAUGAGUGCUAAAACAAAACAAAAAAAAAUGGCGGACUAUGUCACAACAACUACAGAUAACUCAAAGAAAAGAGCACGAAACAAUGAUGGAGAUGAUUCAGAGUCUAAAAAACCCAAGUCAGGACAAGUUGAUUUGAACAAAAUAAAUUUUGUUUGUGAGAAAAAAAGUGCUAAAGGUCUUACUUGGAAUCUAAAAAUUAUUUCAUGGAAUGUUGCUGGUCUUAGAGCAUGGCUUAAGAAAGACGUUAUAGAAUAUCUUAAAAAAGAAGAUCCCGAUAUUAUUUGUUUACAAGAAAUUAAAUGUACCGAAAAACAAAUGCCAGAUGAAGCAAAAUUACCGGGAUAUAAAAUUUAUAUUAAUUCAGGUGACAAAGCUGGUUACUCGGGAGUUGCUUUGUAUUCUAAAAAAGAACCUAUUAGUGUGAGAAUGGGAAAAGAAAUAAAACAAUUAGACGAUAAUGAAGGUCGUGUGAUAGAAGCAGAAUAUGAAAAAUUUUUCCUGGUUUCUACUUAUAUUCCAAAUGCUGGUGCAGGAUUAAAAACAUUGCCAAAAAGAAUGAAAUGGGAUGAGGAAUUUCGUCAAUAUUUAAAAGAGUUGGAUACCAAAAAACCAGUUGUUUUGACUGGUGAUUUAAAUGUUGCUCAUGAAGAAAUUGAUAUUGCAAACCCGAAGACUAAUACAAAAAGUGCAGGUUUUACAAAAGAAGAAAGAGACAAUAUGACAUUGCUUCUCGAACAAGGAUUUAUCGAUACAUUUAGAACAUUAAACCCUGAAAAAACUGGAGCCUAUACUUUUUGGACUUAUUUCCAUAACGCAAGAGCUAAAAAUGUUGGAUGGAGACUGGAUUAUUUUAUAUCAUCAAAAAGAUUCAUGGAUAAUGUAUGUGAUAGUAUUAUAAGAAAUGAAGUACUAGGUAGUGAUMAUUGUCCAAUUGUGUUUUACAUUAAUAUUUGAUUAUAAUUUUUUUUUUUAAAUUAUAAGACUUAUCAAAUAUACACUGUGCAAAUUACUUCUGUAAACAUACUACUUUAUUUAAAAUCAAUCAUUGUAUGAGUAUGUAACUAAAGUAAAACUAAUUUAAUAAAUUAAGAAUCUGAAUCUCAUUGCUGUAGACAAAAUUUUAACCUAAAAUUACUUUACUUAUGUUCAUUAUUACCUUCUAAAAGUUGUCUCUAAAUACACAGUACAACACUUGCUUUAAAAAACAUAAGGUGAUUCUACUUGUAAAUAUUCCGGGUACCAAUUUUGACAACAGUUCUAUGAUAGUACUAUGAGAUCACGGUAAGUAAUGGCAGUAUGGCACCAUACACUCGGAAGCCUGAUUUUAUUUUUUCUUAUUGUAUUUAAAACACAAGGUAGACAAAAUAUUUUUUUUGUAAAAUUAUGUAAUAUUGUGAAAUUAGAACUUAUAAGUGUUUUACCUGA